CGUGGUUCGGUCUGCAUUAUUGCCGAACCAUUGGCUAUUCGGAGCCGCUGUUGCUGCCCCGCAUUUCCGCUGCACAGCAUUUUCACGUUUUGAAUUGCCAAUUUUUUCAUGCUAGAAAUUCCGAACAAUUCUGAAUUCUCUGCCUGCUGCCAGUUUUCUGAAAAUUUUCUAACAGUUCCACUGUGGAAUUUGCUGCUUAUUGAUAAGGUUAUCUCUUGGAUUUUGUGGAGACGGAAGAUUUGUUGGCGGAGAUACUGGCCAUUGGAAAUCUGAUGUUUGUUUGUGCAGCUGGAUUAAUGUGAGUGCUGCAGCAGCGAUUUCGGAUUCACAGCGUGAGUGCGACCUGUAUCACACAACAGGUUAGCUUUGUUGUCUACUGGGUAAUGCGAGAUUUAUUUGGCUGUCUGGGAUUUAUUUGUCUGGGCCGUUCUCGAUAAUUCCGGCCUCGAUCUCUUCCCGGCGCAUUAAUGGACCCAUUACCAUGAUCCCCGCUUUUUCCUUCUCCUCCCCGUUGUUUUAAACCCGAUCCGCGCGGAGAAUGUCGCAGCCAUCGCAAUCGCGGCUGGUCGAUUACUUCGUCGUCGUCGGCUACGAUCAUGAGAAACGUGCGGGGAAGAUUAUUCAGCGUUUCCCAGAAAAUGACUGGCCGGACACGCCUUUCCACCACGGCAUCGAAAUGUUUUGUCAGCCGCAAGGCUGGCGCCUGUCGAGUGCCGCGCGCGUCCCCGAGUUCUUCGUCAGCGUGCUGACGGACGUGGACGCCUACCGGCACUACUGCGCCUGUCUGACCUUCGCCGAGCCCUUCACGCCGGCCGCCUCCCCCACCGCCGACGAGCUGGACGACGAGGAGCCGCACGCGGACAGCGAGGACGACGCCGGCGAUGUCCGCGUCAAAUUCGCCACCAAGUGCCUGUGUGUCGUGUCGCGGCACGAAUACUUCGACGUCUUUCGGCAAUGCUUGGGGAUUAUUCUGACGGUGCAUCUGGAGAAAACCUCGUUGAAGCUGGAGAAACUGGUGGGGACGUUGUUGGGGCACGUCGUGGUGCCGCCGCCCGGUGGCCCGCAGAUUCGCUUCAGUAUCGGCGCGGAUGAUUGGCAGUUCGUGCAGCCCAGCCAGUCAGCCGCGGUCCCGACGUCCCGCGAGUCCAUUCUGGUAUUAUGCCGCGAGUUAGGAGUAAGCAACGUCCUGCGACUGCUGUGCGCCGCCCUGGUGGACGCCAAGAUCCUCUUCUUAUCCUCCAGCUACAACCGGCUGGCGGACGCCGCUCACGCGUUAACCAGUAUUUUCUAUCCCAUGAAAUACAGUUACGUGUACGUGCCCAUCCUGCCGGCCCCCCUCCUGGAGGUGCUCAACACCCCGACCCCCUUCAUCAUGGGCGUCCACGCCUCGCUGAAGGAGCAAGUGGAGAACCUCGUGUUGGAUGUGAUAAUCGUUGAUCUGGACGCCUGUGACCUGCCCAAAUGGCCCGACAACCUCGCCCUACCGUCCGCCGCCUCCGCCGUCUACGCUCAAACCCUCCAAGCCCUCAAAAUGGUUUUGGAUCCGUCGUUGGUUAGCAGUGAUCAUGCAUUCCCAAAUGGCAAUUCUAGUCGCAAUAGCUCUGAUCUGCAGGAUAAAGAACUGCGCGCGGUUUUUCUGUGGUUUUUAUGCCAAAUUCUCGCCGGUUACCGGAGUUGUUUAACCGUGGUGCGGCUGCAUCCGCAACCGGUCAUCACGUUCCAAAAGGCACAAUUUCUCGGACAGCGGAAUCUGGUGGGCGACGAGUUCGUCACGCGCGUGAUCAGCUCCAUGUCUUUCGGCCGCUUCAUCCAGGAGUACGCGUCGCCUUUCCGCCAACAAACCGUUUUUGACGAAGUGUAUACGAGUAUCCAGUACCUCCGGGACGGCGGGAAAGGCGACGAGGACGACGUCUCCCGUCGGGAAGAACUCCUCAAACGCAUCGCCAUCAUCGCCAGCCGGUUGUACGUCAACGAGAACCCGCAGGGCCACGCGGCGCCCUUCGCUAACAAAUGCCUCCGCCCCUCCACCGCCGCGUUGCUCCGCCCCACCUCCCAACCCUUUCCCCUGCUGGACGCCGACGCCGUGGAGGAAGUCCUCCAGGAGGGUGUCCGCCGGACCUCCGCGGCCAAAUGGCCGGGCCUGACCCCGCCCCCCAGUCAAGUGAUCCCCCUGGGGCCCGCCGCCAGCGCCGGGAGCGCGCCCGUCUACAACGCCCGCCGUCUGGAGGUGCUGUCCACUUGUAUUGCGCAUGUCUUUGAGAAAAGGAUCAACGACGCGAAGAAGCUGAUCCCGGCGGCGGUGCGGGUGCUGAGCAGUCCCAGUGCGCGGCUGGCGUUGGCGCGGGACCUCGCCGGACGGGUGCAUAGUAGUCAGGCGGUGCUGGAGCACGAGCAGUUCGAGCUGGUGUGCAAGCUGAUCAACUGCGCCCUGCAGGAUGAUGGCGGCGAGGCGCUGGACGAGCACGGGGUCGCCGCCGCCUUCAUGCCCAUCGUCUGCGCUUUCUGUCGGAAAUUAUCCACCGGAGUGAUCCAGUUCGCUUAUACGAAGGUCCAGGAUCACGAUAUUUGGGGCAGUUUGUCCUUCUGGGAAUCGGCGUUCUAUAAAGAUGUCCAGCAACAUAUAACCUCGCUGUACUGGCCGGCCAUGCUCACACCCGACUCCCCGGAACGCAGCAAAAACGGAACCGGCAACGAGGUGCUGCCGAGUUCGGCGCUGGACAUUGCGGCGGACCAGCUGCGCUCCUUCGCCGGGAACAGCCCCGACGCGCAGAAGGAGCUGAUCGAGCGCGAAGAGUCCACGGUCUUCUCGCAGGCCAUCCACUACGCGCACCGCAUCGUCUACCUCCGCGUGCCCCUCGACGCCUCCUCCACGGCCGCCCGUCUGCGCCGUCGGCCUUCUUUAAACGGCGACGCCCACUCCAGCAGCAUCGUCACCAACUCCUACCAGGAAUCGGACGUCGGGAGCCUGUCGGACGAGAGCGGCUUCCAGGAGGAGGAGCGCGGCGGCCGCGAGCUGUCGUGCAGCGCCGUGAAGAAGUUCAUCGCCAAAUUCGUGGAUAAAGUGUGCAGCGAGAGCCACGUGACCGAGGAGCACAUCCGCCAGCUGCACCAAAUGAUCCCCGGGGUCGUCGACAUGCACGUCGACGGGCUGGAAGCCGUCUACCGGGAGAGCCGGAGUCUCCAACCGGUGUUGAAGAACCGCAUCAUGCGACCGACGUUAUUAAGCGGGGAGGACAUGGUGAUGGACGGACUGCGCGGGCAUCUACUAAUGGACGGCCGCCUCGAGGGGGCGCACCUCAUCCCCUGUGAAGGGGCGCUCUUUUUAACCACCUACCGGGUCGUCUUCAUGGGCGUGCCCAGGGAUUCCUACUUAUCCGAUUAUAUCGUCGUCCGCAGCUUCCCCGUGGCGGCGCUGACCAAGGAGAAGAUGCUCAACGCGCAGACGUACAUGAGCCAGCUGGAGCAUUACGCGCCGGAAGGGAUUCAGCUGCGGUCGUCCACGUUCCAGCUGCUGAAGAUCGGGUUCGAUGAGGAGGUCACCCGCGAUGUCAUUGAGCAUUUUCGCAAGUUUCUGGAGCGGAUUCGCUAUCCGCUGCACGUGUCGGAGCUGCUGAAUCAGGGACUGUCCACGCACCAGGCCGUGAUGAGUCUGACCAAGAGCGGGAAGAAGGUCGCGGGGUUUAAAGGGUUUGCGAAGAAGACGCUGCUGCGCACGGCGAAAGCGGCGGGCUUGAAGCCGAAGACGGUGAAGAAGGACUUCCGCGGCUACAACCCGACGUCGACGCCCAUCCCCGAGCGCAAGAUGCAGCUGAGUCUGGCGGUGCCGCGCGCGGGGCCGGCGCGGGCCGUCUUCGAGGAGGAGAGCUCGGACCGCGACGACGACGGCGGCGACACGCUGGCGCCGGUGAUGAAGGAGGCGCACAGCUUCGAGCGCGUCAUCGACCGCUCCUACGUCAAGGAUUACCGCCGGAUGGGGCUGAUUCCCAGCCUCUCCAACAUCAGCAAAAGAAUGGACACCUACCGCUUAUGCCAAGUGAACCUGCACUACAAGAUCUGCCCUAGCUACCCGGCGCUCUUCGUCGUCCCGAACUCCAUCUCGGACGACGGCAUCCGCAGUCUCGCCCGGCACUUCAAGCACAACCGCUUCCCGCUGGUGGUCUGGCAGCACCCCCGCACGCGCGCCGUGCUACUCCGCUCGUCCACCUACCAGCACACGCGCAUGAGCAACGUCUUCAAGAACUCCUCCAUGUCCACCGCCGGCUCUCUGAUGACCAUCCCGGUGGGGCCCCAGCACGACGCCCUCACCGUCACGACGUCCACCUCCUCCUCUUCCCAAGCGGAUUUCGACAAAUUCUUAUCGGCGUUAUCGCACAGUUUACCUUUAUCCAUCACCCGGCGUCCCUCCAUGACCUCCGUGAUGAAUCUGAACAUCACCCCGGAUGCGGCGCGCCGGGGGUCCGGGACCGCCGGGAUGCCCUGGAACCGGGCGGUGCAGACGCUGAAACCCGGGACCAACGGGAAGCCCAAGUCGCAGCGCUCCAGUAUCUUCUUCUCCACGGAUAAGUCGGGGAGUCUGUACACGAACCAGUCGGAUUCGUCGUACCGCAGUGAGGCCUCCGUGGCGGAGUACGCAACGCCGGAGACGGCGUCCGUUGCGCCGUCGUCCACGGGGAGUGCCGCCGCGCCCACGCUGUAUAUCCUCGCCGAUAAGGCCAAUUUGAAAUCGCUGCGCGGGGAUUCCAUCCGCUUCCAGGUGGUCCCGUUGGACUACCCGGACAUCCGGCGCAUCAAGACGGCCUUCAAGUCGCUGCUGCAGGUGGUGGUGCCCAGCAGCAUGGACGCCAAGCAGCCCGGCCCGCGCGCCGACUACGGGCAGGCCGUGGAGAAUCUGGACUGGCUGCGGCAGGUGCAGAAACUGCUGCGCGUGGCCGGGACCGUCGUGGACCUGUUGGACAGUCAGGGCGCCUCGGUGCUGCUCAGUCUGGAGGAGGGAUGGGACGCCAGCUGUCAGAUCUCCGCGCUGGCCCAGCUCCUCCUCGACCCCUACUACCGCCGAGUGGAAGGUUUCGCCGUGUUGGUGGAGAAGGAAUUCGCCGCACUAGGCUACCGCUUCGGCCACCGCAACUGCCUGAUGCAGGGCGGCCAGAACAGCGCCGUCGCCCCGGUGUUCCUCCAGUUCCUCGACUGCGUCGCGCAACUCCAACGUCAAUUCCCGUUGUCCUUCGAGUUCAACGCCUUCUACCUAAAAUUCCUCGCCUACCACUCCACCAGCAACCGCUUCACGAAUUUCUUAGCGGACUGCGAGGCGGAACGUGUGGAAAUGGGAUUAGAAAAUCGGAAUUAUGAAGAGCAGAUGGAGGAACUAGAUCCGCUAGCCUGGCCGGUGGCCUUCGGAUCCGUCUGGAAAUAUAUCGGGAUAAUGCACAAAAGGACGACGAAAUUUUAUAAUUUUUUAUACGCGCCGCUGCCGCUGGAGGAGGACAGUAUUUUGCGGCCCUUCACGGAGCGGCAUAAUAUCGUGCUGUGGGAGUAUUAUCACGAGGAGGCGUUGAGUCACGGGACGCUGUAUGAUCUGGAGUUGGUGGAGGAGACGGAGGAGGAAGGGGAGGCCGAGAGUAAAGGGAAGACGCUGGGCAGUAGUAAUUCUUCCUCGCAGGCCAGUCUGGCCAAACGCGCUAUGACGAAAUCAAGCGUGAAGCCGGUGGAAGCGCAGCGCCGCUUAUUGAUGAACGGCUACAAUAAUUCCCUCCACACCGUCGCCUCCGCCUUCGCCGGCUUACUGGAGGAAAUCGCGCAGUUGGAGGAGGAACUGGCCGAUGCCGGCAGUCCCACCUGGCAGGAUGUGUGGCAGCGCGUGGACGAGGAGAGCCAGCUGAUUCUGCCCCUGAAACCGCCCGCCGCCGCCCCCACGGGGGCCUCCCACAUGAUCCGCUCGCACAGUCGCCGUCUGCAGACGCAAACCACCCUGGAGAUCCUCCACGACGGACUGGGCAAAUCGCCGGACGCGGCGGGCCGGCACACGAGCGAGGGGACGAUGCGCGCCGCACAGGCGCACCGUUUCGUCAAGCAGACGGCGCUGUACACGGCGGCGGCGACGUGCGGCGCCUGCGGGGCGCUGCUGUGGGCCAACGGCAAGCAGGCCAUGCGCUGCACGCUGUGCGGCUGCCACGUGCACGAGCGCUGCGUCGGCAGUGUGGCCAAGAACUGCGCCGGGUCGACGGGGAACGGGGAGAGCGAUCCCGGGACGCUGCAGCCGGAAGGGGGCGGGGCGCGGCAUAUUCUGGUGGAGCGGGAGUCCCUCCUGGUCGGGACGCAGCGGGAGAAUUCCCCGGCCAACACGCCGGUGCGACACGGUCAGCCGGACGGCGCCGGUCUGCAGGGCGGCGGCGGCGGUUCGGGGGAGAGCCGCGUGAUGGAGGGCUAUUUGUUCAAGCGGGCGGCGGUGCUGACCGGCUGGAAGCAGAAGUGGUUCGUCCUCGACUCCAUCAAGCACGAGAUCCGCUAUUACGAACACUCGCAAGAACGCGAGGUGCGCGGCCGCAUCGAUUUGUCGGAGGUGACGAGUGUGGCGGCGCGCGUCCCCGGCAGCUCCUCGACGGCGCCCUUCACGGUGACGAAGGAGGGUCCGCGCCGGCUGGACGAGACGGCCUGCUUCGAGGUGCGCACGGCCAAGCGCGUCUUCAGUCUGUGCGCGCACAGUGCGCUCAAUGCGCAGGAGUGGAUCGACCGCAUCCAGAUGUGUCUGCAGUGAGGAGACGGAGGAAUUUAUUACGGAUGAAUUACGCACUGAUUUCCCGAUCGUCAUGACACGUUUGAUCUUCCAUGAUAAAUAUUGAGAUUGUUGUUUUUUUUAUUUGUUGGCUCACUUGGUUGCUUUUUUUUCCGCGUUCCCGUUAUUAUUACCUGAUAUUUGACAGAGUUGGUGUAGCGCGGCGAGGCUGAUACAGAGAGUGCGCUAUUUUCACUUGCAUUUUCUCAUCGUUGGGAAUGAUUCUAAUUAAAUACAAAUGAAUUAG